AUGCGUGUAGUGCGUAGAGAUAGAGAACGACAAUCAAAUAAUGAUGAUAUUGUGAACGACAGAGGAAAUCCUACAAUAGUUUGCCAGUUUUGUUCUGCUCUGAGAUGGAAAGACAAAUGCAAAACCUUAUGCUGCUCUAAUGGCAAAGUAAAAUUAGAUGAUAUAAUUAUACCACCAGAACCAUUGAAUUCCCUUCUUAAUUCUUCGCACGUUCGCACAGUGCAAAAUGUAAUUUAUGAUACUUUUCAAGGUGCAUGCAACGCGUUGGGUUUAUUGGAUGACGAGUCUCAUUGGGAAAACACGCUAUCAGAAGCGUUUAUAUGUUGUACACCUAAAUUACUAAGAUGUUUAUUUACUAUCAUGCUAACAAUUUGUCAAAUUACUGAUCCUUUGAUGCUUUGGCAAAAUUAUCAUGAAAGUAUGGCCGACAAUAUAUUGCAUCGAAAACGACAGGAAUUGUCAUCAAAUGAUAUUAGUUUUGACCAAAGUAUAUUUGAUGAAGCUUUAUUUGAAUUAAACAAAGAAGUGAUCAACAGCAACUAUUACUUGACGUCGUCUGUUAAYAAUGAUGAAGGCAAAAUAUUAUUUUUAGAUGCUCUUGGGGGCACGGGUAAAACUUUUUUGAUAAAUUUACUUCUUGCAAAAGUAAGAUAUGGUGGAAAAAUUGCUCUUGCGGUAGCGUCAUCUGGCAUUGCAGCUACGCUAUUAGUAAGGGGCCGAACAGCUCAUUCUACAUUUAAACUUCCUUUGAAAUAUGAUAGUGACGAUACUACGAGUGUCUGUAACGUUUCAAAGCAAAGUGGUACUGGUAAAUUGAUGCAGGACUGUAGUCUAAUUAUUUGGGACAAAGCGUCAAUGUCCCAAAAAACUUCAGUUGAAGCAUUAGAUAGAACGAUGCGAGACUUGCGUCAUAAUAAUAGUCCUAUGGGUGGCUGCACAGUGUUGUUCUUUGGAGACUUCCAUCAGAUCUUGCCUGUGGUUACAAGAGCUGAUGAAGUCAACGCGUCUUUGAAAAGAUCCUACUACGAAUUUCAAGCAACGAAUGAUAAAAUAAAUAUUAAAAGUUUCUGUAAUUCAGUACCCACUAUAACAAAAUUGAUUCAAAACGUGUACCCGAACAUUCUAAAUAUAUCUUCUAAAUCAUUGAAAUGGUUUCAAGAAAGGGCUAUUUUGUCACCAACAAAUGAGCAAAUCGACAAAUUAAAUGAUUUGAUUCUAUCUAGGUUGGACGCUCAAUCACAAAUGUACUAUUCAGUUGAUACAGUCUUAGAAAAAGAGGUACCAUGCUGGCAAACACUAGAGACUGACAGAGAAAAUGAAGACCAUCCCGACGAUCAAGACGAUGCGAUGGGGACGUUAGAAAAAGCAUAA